AUAUUUCCCCCGUGUGUGUGUGCGCGCGAGUCACGCCUCUCCUUUGACUUUUUGACUUCCUCUUCGAAAGUAACACAGACAGACAGCCUACAAAUAUAGUGUCGCGUUUCGUCUCGACUUUUUUUUCGCAGUCACACCGAAGCGAGCGGCUGAACAAGACACCUGCCGCAUUGAAAUAAAAAAAAAAAAAGCGCUCAGGUUCGUGCCUUUUUCCUUCCCGUCAGUCAGUGUGUUUCCCGGGACUGAGUCGCUCAUGGACGGGAGCUGCUCCUCCUCGCAGUCUCUGAGCUCCGAGCCGGACUCCAGCGCGCAGGGCUCUCAGGAGCCGCAGGAAGCGCCUGAAGUGCAGGGGGAGGGUGAGGAACGGCGCGCAGCUGGACAGGGAGCGGCUGCACACAGGAAGGCCUACAGAGCGCUGGCUGAGGAGGAGCAGGUGACCCUCAUCACAGAGAGCAUGUCAGUCACCUCAGCGGAUGAAGAGAAGCUGCUGCUGCUCAACCGGAACACCGAACUGCGUCGCAUCAACAAGGAGCUUAUGAGGCUGAACGAAGAGUGGGACCACAUCUACCGUAACACGACCACUGGCCUGCAGCAACGUGUCAACAGUCUGGAACAGGAGGGUGCCACCCUCAAGCAUCUCAACAGCCGGCUGCUUCUCAAAAUGGAACAUGAGCAGAAUAAGAAGGAGUACUAUGAGCAGACGCUUCUGCAAGAGCUCAAGAAGAACCAGCACCUCCAGGAGUAUGUGCGUUUGCUGGAAAACCGCCUGCACCACACUGACACACACCGGGACUGGACAGGGGUGGCACUGAAUGGCUUGGAGGUGGCACAGCCCCCCAAGGUAGGGAGUCCACCAGAGGCCCCCCGACAAGGGUACCAGGACUCGGGCCACAGCUCACCGCUCCUGCCGGGUUCUCCGCCUGCCACAAGUCGGUGGAGCAGGACCCAGGCAACCAAGAGCUCCCCUUGGAGGGAGCCCAGUGUGGAGUCAGACACCGAGAAAGAGAUGAGGAACCUGAAGGAGCAGCUGGAGGCCCUGCGGUGCCAGACACAGAUCUAUGAGGCUGACUACAAGACAGAGCACAAAGACCGCGAGCGCAUGUUGCAGGAGAACAAGAAACUGCGCCUGAAGGAAAGCGAGAUGCGGCAGCAGAUGGCGCUGUUGCAAGAGCAGCUCAAGGUGUACGAGGAUGACUUCCGGAGGGAGCGCUCUGACAAGCAGUUGUUGCAGCGACUCCUCCUGAAGAAGACGCCGUCUAGCGAGCCCGUCCUCGUCCAUCGCUGCAACAACGAGCAGGAGGUACCGACGGCGGAGGGGGGUGACAGGGAGCGGCAGCGGGAGCGAGAGAGGAGGGGCCGCUGCAGCAAGCAGUGCGAACGGCACGGACAUAAGGCCGAGCGCCCACGCAACACAUGUCCGCAGCGGCAUAUGGAGGUGCAAACGUCGCCCUUCUCCGAGGAGUACAACUAAACCCCACCUGCGCUGCACCCAUGUCCCUGUGCGCUCAUCCUGGUAUUGACCAGUCCAAGUUCAGAAAACCCCUCCUGCUCCAUACCUUUUGAAAAACCUGCCUUCAGAAUGUAUCAGCAAUCAAAGUUUACAGCUUUGGAGAGAGUUACACUAAUGCACUGUAACGUAGAACCAUCUCUGAGCUGAGCCCACGAGUCCUUCCACACUGUGACACACACACACACACACACACUGGUAGCUGGAUGGAGAUCACAAACUGAUCACUUAGCCACAUUCAGUGGCUCUGCAGACUGGGCAUUGACACCUUUCAGUUGCCAUGGAGCCCAUUCGCUGAAGAUAUACCAUCCUCACAUUGUUCUAGUAUUUAACUUAAUGGCACCAAAUUCUUACAGUAAUCCUAAUGCACUGAUGUAUGAACAGCUGUCCCCUGACAUGCAGAGUUAACUG